AUGGAUGAAUUUAAAUUAAAUAAUAAUAUGCAUUAUCCCAAAGAACGCUUACAAAAUAUAUUAGCAAGUUUUUCUAAAUGCAAAACCGGAUACUUUAACGAAAAAGAAGAAUGUAAAAAGUUAAGAGACAUUAACACAAAAUUAGAGAUGGACUUAAAAGAAGCUCGUGAGUUAGAAAAAUCCCACCGUUACCAUUUGCAGAACUCUCGUGAAAUGAUUGGAAAUCUACAAGAAACUAUUUCACAGUUAGUUUAUCUUAAAAGAGACGCAAAAAGGUUGAAAGAAGAAAUUAUUGCAAAGGACACUGCUAUAGUAACAAUGGAAAAGGAUAAAGAAGCGGUUGAAAAGAAGCAAAAUGAGGCUCUGGCAGAAUUGCGUAGCUUUUAUGAACAACAGAUAGAAGAAAUCAAAGCCGGAAAUGAACGGAAGCUACGACAAGUUCAACAUGAAUCCGAUACGCAAAUAGCGCAGUUCACAUGCGUGGUCGAGGAAUUGCGGAGCAAACUGAAUGAAGUGGAAGCCGAACACAGGGAUAAGAUGAAUAUGGUAGUGCUGGAGUAUGAAGAAAAGAUUCAACGUAGUGCAGCGCAAGUCGCGCAACUUCAGGAUCAGCUAGCAAGGCAAAGCGCGAGGACUGAUGCGAACAUAGAUGCGUACCGACGGAAAUUAGAAGAACUGGAAGAAAAACUCAAGCAAAACCAAUUCAAAGAAUACCUAGCUCAGAGUUCUUACCCAUCGCAAUUCGAAAGUGGGGUGGAAAGACCUUAUUCUGUGAACAGAGAUUUAUACACUGACACUUGUUCUGUUGAUUUAAAUCCAGUACUCGAGAGCUCUAAGCAGCUGCCAAAGUGCAUAAUAAAUCAGAACAAGAUGCCAAGAGCAACUAAUUCUCUUCAAGUCACAUAUAGCGGCAGUAAAACUCCAUGCACGAUAAGGAGUAACGAAAAGAAAGGACAAUUCAACAUAACAAAGAAGCGUAAGCUUUAUACUGAGAAGGACUUUCAAGACUUUUAA